GCAACAGGAAUUUGGUCGGCGAUGGCCAAAGCUUACGUUCUUUGUCAACAAAUCUGGAACCCAAGCCUGGAGAGUCUGGAAAACAAUCUAGCUUUGCUUAAUCUUAAUCAUGUCAGCAACGACGUCAGAGGAGCCCGUUUCACAAGCCUGUGGGAGGAGUACAAAUAGGGCCUACUACUGCCUCUGACUUUCCUGUACUUCCAAAGCCCCCAUUAUGGCCAACGUACUAUCUCCCCCAAGCUUGUCCCACUCUGGCUCUCUACCGUUCUCUAGGGCACCAACCCCUUCCAUUGCGCAACUCCAGGUUGGCUUCGUCGGUCUAGGCAACAUCGGCUAUGCUAUGGCAAAAAACCUCGCCGUUCAUGGCCCAGAGAAUAUUCGCGGCCUUCCCCCGGUCAUGGUCUGGAAUAGGACGGCGUCUAAGGCACAGAGUUUGGUCGACCAAGUAGGCCAGAACAAGGCGGCCGUCGCUUCCAGUGUCGAACAGAUUGCAUUGGAGUGCGAUGUCAUUAUUGUCAAUUUGGCAAACGACGAUGUUGUCAGAGUCAUUUAUCGCCAGUUCUGCGAGACGCUCAAGCAAAACCCUCCUGCAAAACAUAAGAUCUUUGUCGAGACCAGCACUAUAUACCCAUCCCUGGCAGGCGAGCUUGACGUCAUGCUCUCUGCUUUCCCUCAUACCCAUCUCAUUACCUGCCCCGUCCUUGGUACUCCUGGUGUCGCCGAAAAGAGCCAACUACUCCUCAUCAUGAGUGGGGAGUACCGCUCAAAGAAGGCAGUUGCCCACAUUCUCGUCCCAUCUGUCGGACGCAAGGUCGUGGACCUUGGUGGGGAUUUGGAGAAAGCAUUGACAUACAAGCUUAUGGCGAAUUCCAUGAUCCUCGGUAGUAUCGAAGUCAUCGCAGAGGCUCUCACAUUCGCUGAGAAGUCAGGUAUCGGGUCAGAUCGUGUAUUCGACCUUGUGAAGGAUUACUUCCCUGCGCCGAGCAUGAUAAACUAUACUCAGCGAAUGAUGACUGAGAACUUUGACGGGUCCAACGGGUUUGCUAUCGACGGGGGUAUCAAGGAUGCAACCCACAUACGUCGAUUGAGCGCGAAGCACAAUUGUCCCAUGCCCACAAUAGACGUCGCACAUCAGCACCUCGUUACGGCGCGCGCUCUGCAUCUCAGGCAGAAGAAGGAAGGCAAGGACACCUUUGAAGUUCUGGAUUGGAGCGGAAUCAUCGCGGGUGCUAGGACGGCUGCUGGGCUGAGUGGCUUGGACAGGAGCGAUGAUCCGACCCCGCUUCCCGAGGCAAUGGAACCCUCCAGUUCGACUUAGAUGAAUCGUUGUCGAACCCAGCGCUAGGUAUAGUUCCACCAAUUCUUCUCCUCUGGACUCGUCAACGGAAUACCAAUGUAUGAUUAUUUCGGCAAUGUUAACUUCAAAUUCUUUCUUC